CUACUGUUACUACUGUUACUACUUUCCUACUUUACCGCCUUCACAUCUUCUCUUAUAGAAUUCAUACAUACAUACAUACAUACCUACAUACAGAAACGAGACAGCAGUGACAAACAGUAAGCAAAAUUGUAUAGGGAUGCUGCUUUCGGUCCAGUCAAUCUACCACUUACGACCCCCUUUACUGUAACAUUCUUCUCCCAGAUAAGAAAAUGCAGUCCGUCACCCCCAAUGAGUCCUCUGUAGCCGCUACCUCCUCCUCUACCGCGGCUGCCGUAGCCAAGACCAAGAUCCUCGAUAAGAAGAAGCAGCAGGCUUUGGCCCACGAUCGGAUAUCCUAUCCAUUCUGGUUUGGUGGUAGCGCAAGUAGUUUUGCCGCCUGCGUUACACAUCCGCUCGAUCUCGUCAAAGUCCGACUACAAUUGCGUUCUGGCGAUGCCCCCAAGAACAUGAGCGGCACCUUUAUGCACAUUGUGCGAAACCAGGGGCCGCUCGGGCUGUACAAUGGGUUGACGGCAUCGCUGCUUCGGCAGAUGACGUACUCCACAGUGCGUUUCGGCGUGUACGAGGAACUCAAGGCUCGCUUCACCCCCGCAGAUGGUACCAAGCCAUCACUCCCUUUGCUUAUCGGAUUGUCCACCUUCUCUGGCUUCUUGGGUGGCAUAUCGGGCAACGCUGCCGACGUGACCAAUGUUCGCAUGCAGCAGGACCUUGCUCUACCCCAGGCCCAGCGACGCGGCUACAAACACGGCCUUGACGGCAUGUUCCGUAUGCUGCGCGAGGAAGGUCCCAAGAGCUGGUUCCGCGGUGUCUGGCCUAACAGCACUCGUGCCGCUCUCAUGAAUGCCAGCCAGUUGGCUAGCUAUGACACUAUCAAGGGACUGUUGAUGGAGUAUACACCCUUGGGCGACACAACAACCACUCAUUUCGCUAGCUCACUCGUUGCUGGGUUUGUAGCUACGACGAUUUGUUCACCUGUAGACGUGAUUAAGAGCCGGGUGAUGAGUACCAGCCACGAGCAAGGCAUCGCUCACUUACUACGUGAUAUAUAUGCUAAGGAGGGAAUAACCUGGAUGUUCAAGGGAUGGGUACCAGCUUUUUUGAGAUUGGGACCGCAAACAAUAUGUACAUUCAUGUUCCUAGAAGCACACCGCAAGGUUUAUAGAAGAUUCAAGGGAAUUGAAGACUGAAGGACUGAUUGCUGCUCUAACUCCCUGUAUAGUUCGUAUACAGACACCACCA